GAAAUUCUGGUCACCGUCUUGCUUCCGCUCUCCGAUGUCACAGCAAGUCGAUGAACAGCUCCGUACAGACUUGGCACGAGUAUCUAACGCGACUGUCAAGUGUGGUGCCCACAUUGUCGCAUUCCAGCCCUCUACUCGACUGCAGGAUCGCAUUGAAGACCGGCACGUUGUAGAAGAAUGGGAGCUUGCUAGUGGUACUUGGAAAUUCAUUAGUGUUUUCGAUGGCCAUGGAGCAGGUCACGAAACUGUUGAUUUCGUUGCAGAGACCUUACCGGGCAAGGUCAAAGCCUCAUUGCAAACUUUGCCUUCUCCCUCAGAAUCCGCUAUAGAGAAGAUCCUGGUUGAUUGCAUUUCCGACAUUGACGAGCGCAUUAAGACUGACUUUCUCGACUUCUUUCCUGGUGGACUGGCUCAAAUAUCUGCCCUGAACGACUACGAAAUUAAAGAGAUCAUUACAGAUCCUUCAAGCGAGACAGGGAACUCUUAUGUGCAACUUAUGCGUGCCAGGACAGGUACCACUGCCUUGGUAGCUCUAAUCAGCCCAUCCAAGUCUCUUUUUGUUGCUAGCCUCGGCGACUGUGAUGCCAUUCUUGGCACAUUGGACUCGAUUGGGCGACAAUCCGUCAAAAUCCUCAGCGCAUAUCAUAAUUGCCGUAACGACGCAGAGGCAGACCGUGUUAGAGCUGAACAUCCAGGUGAAACCGAGUGCAUAUAUGAAUACAGAACGCUGGGUCUGAUUACUUUGACUCGCGCCAUAGGUGACAUGCCUUUUAAGCUUCCAGUUAUCUACGCCCGACGCGUUCUCGCCCUAGCCACUCCGCCCUUUCACCCAAACUACAAAAUUGACGCGCUAAUGGCGCGUAAUCUCACGCCGCCCUAUCUCUCUAACCAGGCUGAUGUCGUGCACGUCUCAGUUGAUCAACCCAGCGUGCUUAUCCUUAGUACGGACGGGCUGAUCAAUUUGUACUCGAGAAGUUCACAAGUGAAGAACACGGCUGAUGCUGCACCCCUCUGGUUUGCCGCUAUCAACCGUGCCCGACAGGAUAGUAGUAACCUGGCUCUCGAUCUUCUGUGGAAUGUCUUGGGUGGAGAUGGCGAAGCAAACUUGUAUAGCUUGAUGAUGCAGCAACAGUUCAACAGUCGAAGAGUCGAUGACACCACCAUCAUUAUUCUUCCUCUCUAAAGAUCUUAAAAU